AUGGUGUCUUCAAAUUCAGCGUCACCAACACGACUUGAAAACGGCACUUCGAAGAAAAGAACUUUCGAAAAUGAACAGAAUAAAACUCAAGAAGCCCUUUCAACAUUUACAGAGCUUAAAAAAUGUACAUAUGCGCUAAAGGAACUAGGAAACUCCAAAUCUCAUGAUUACAUUGAGUGCGACUGCUACGAAGAUCGCCAGAAUGGAAUAAACUUUGCAUGUGGCGAAGAUUCAGACUGCAUCAAUAGACUGACGUUGAUUGAGUGUGUGAAUGAUUUGUGCGGGUCCUGUGGUUACGAUUGUCAGAACCAGCGGUUCCAAGGACGCCAAUAUGCAGCCAUUUCGAUAUUUCAAACGGAAAAGAAAGGUUACGGGGUAAGAGCAGACCGCGACAUUGGUGCCCACGAAUUCAUUUAUGAGUACGUUGGCGAGGUAAUACCAGAGGAUCAAUUCCGGGACCGAAUGGCUGAUUAUGAUCAGAAAGGCUUCAAGCACUUUUACUUUAUGAUGCUUCAGAGCGGUGAAUUCAUUGAUGCCACCAUCAAGGGCUCUCUUGCUAGGUUUUGUAACCAUUCUUGCAAUCCAAACGCAUAUGUCAACAAGUGGGAUGUAGCGGGUAAGUUACGAAUGGGUAUUUUCGCCAAUCGCGACAUUUUACAAGGAGAAGAAAUAACAUUUGACUACAAUGUUGAUAGAUAUGGAGCCACGGCCAUGCCGUGUUACUGCGAUGAACCGAAUUGUAUUGGUUUUCUGGGAGGAAAAACUCAAACAGAUGCGGCAUCACUGCUGCCUCAGAAUUAUGCUGAUGCUCUUGGUGUUGUGCCUGCUGUUGAAAAGAAGUGGAUUAAGCUGAUGAAGGCAAGUGGUCAAAAAAUUGUCAAAAGUGAGGCUAACAAUGUCAAUCUCGAAUUUGUUAACUCCUUGGAAUUAGGCCCCUGUGAAAGCUUCGAUGAUAUAUCUAGAGUAAUGAGUGUCUUGCUGCAGGCAGACGACAUUCUGAUUACUAAAAAGUUGAUGGGAAGAAUUUUGCUCACCCAGGAUCAAACCCUUCAUUAUCAGAUUAUAAAACUUCAUGGGUACAGGUGUUUCAACAAACUUUUAUCUACUUUUGACGAGGAUACGGAUUUCCAAUUGAAGAUUCUAGAUUUUCUCGACUGCCUCCCCAAGACCACCAAAAACGGUAUUUUAUCAUCGCAAAUCGAUAAAAAAUUGGAGGAGCUUAAAUCCCAACCAGAACUUGCGCAAGUGUCUGAUAAGCUCUUGCAUAAAUGGAAGACAUUCGAAACUUACAACCGCAUCACCAAGAAGGAUGUUUCUGACAACAUAUUAGACACGAAGAUGGAUCUACGAAGAAUUAGGCUCCCACCAGGCUGGGAGCUGAUACACGAAAAUGGAAAGCCUGUGUAUUAUAAUGCACAGCAGCAGACUAAGCUACAUCAGCCACCCAAUGGUGCAAGCAAAACAUUUAGUGGCGCAAAAGCACCUAGUCGUAGUUCGACUCCCUCAGAUGUGCCUGCCAACGGAUAUGGUAAUAAGAAGAAUCGUGUUUUUGAUGCAGAGGAAUACGAAAAGAAAAAGCAACAGAGGAUGGAGUAUCAACAAAAGGAACUGGAAAGGAUUAAAAUUGAGGAGACCCGAUUGUCAAAGAUGAAAAUGGAGCUUGAAGAUCAGAAAAAGAGCGAAUUGGAAAAAAUUAUCGCAGAAGUUAACGAACAAAAAGAGCUUGAGAAGCAGGAGAAGAUAAAGAAAGAACAGGAAGCUCAAGAAGAGCAGCAGAGAAGACAGCAGAAGAAGAUACAGCAAUCUAAAGGUGAUUACAUCAUACACAAAUGGAAUAAGUUUUUUGCCGCAGUAGUGCCAAAUAUGGUUAAACACUACGAAAAAAAUCUGGGCAGAGAUCAUAUCAAGGAGUGUGCUCGAGACAUAGCCAAAAUUCUUUCGAGUAAAGAGGUUAAAAAGGAUUCCAAAAAGGGCCCUCCCUCCGAUUUGAGUAAGGAGAAACGGGCUAAAGUACGGGAAUUUACCAAGGCCUACAUGGAGAAGUUUUUGGAAAGAUAUCCACAGCGGAAAAAGUAG